CCUUCUUUUCCUCUUUUUCUUUCUUUUUCUUUUUUAUUUUAUAUUUUAUAUUUCAUAUUCAUGAUCUAAUUACUUUGAUAUAUUAUUAUAUUAUAUUUUUAUAAACUUAUAUACAUUCUUUUCUUUAUACAUAUAUACAUGUAUAUAUUUAUAAUUUAAAAUACAUACUUAUUUUUCUUUCAUUCAUGUCUCAUUAUCCACACUCACACCGUCGUCAACAUUCAACUACUGAUGAUAAAGAACGUGUACCAACAAGACCAAGUUUAGAUCAUACUCUUAGUCAUGCUUCUUCUUCUACUGGUUCAACUCAUUUAACUUACUUACGAUCAGCUAUUUCUGAAUAUUCAACUCUUGACGAUCCAAUUCCUCCUUUGGCCUUAACAUUGACAUCUUCUUACGACAAACAAAUAUUAUUACAAAAAGAAACACAACUCAUGCUGGUACUUGCCUCUUUUUUAUGUGUCAUACAAUGUUUACAUUACUCUUCUUGGAUACUUCCUUUCGGUUGGUUAGUUUUUGGUUUAUAUAAUGCAUUCUUUGGUUGGCAACAAGCGCGUCUUCUUUGUUUAGUUGGUCAGUGCUUAGUGAUAGUAUCAGCAGGUGUUACUUCAAUAGCAUACGUAUGGUCGGUCAUAUUAUCGUUAUCAUCUUCUUCUUCCAUAUACAAAAGUGUGACGAUUGCUGCAGCUGAUGCGCUAUGGCCAUUCUAUGAUUCGGGCAAGUUUAGUGGUACAAUGGGCUUUACUUGGUCUCAUGGGGCCUUGUGGAUCUAUUGCCUGGGGUUGUUUCACAUGGCUCAACGUUUGUGCAACCUUCAACAGAACGAAAAAUUGGCUUUGGAACAACAAUUAGCUCAAUCUCAAGCACAGGUGGAUCUCUAUUUGGAUCAAAUCGCAACCUUUCGUCAAAACUUUGUACAAACAUUGGAACGGGAAAUUCAAGAAUCUACUAUGAUGGUCAUGACAACAUUAGAACAAUUCUCUCCUAUCACUAUUCUCAACAAUACACAUGAACUAUUAAGCUCUUGUAGUAUGCCUGUACCUGUCACCAAUAUUGCUGCUAUUCAUACUAUCGUCAAUCAAGUUGGUCAUAUCGGUACUCACUUACAUCUUCUAUCAAGACUUUUACGACAAGAACAAGCUUAUGUUAGUCCCAUCUCACGUGAAUUCGAUAUUAGUGAAUUGAUUCAAAAUGUAGGUGAUGCUCUUGCUGCUAUGGCUUCCAAACAAGGUAUAUCUGUUAUUCUCUAUCAUAUGGAUAAUGUUUUACAUUGUAUUACUGUCUUGGGUGAUGAAGAUGCUAUUAAACAUGGAAUUAUGUGUCUUCUACGCAAUAUCAUGGAAGGAUGUACCCCAGGCGCCUGCAUUGAGAUUGGACUGAAUGUUGAAUCACAUGGUUCGGAUCGACUACAAAUCACAUUUGAUAUCACACAAACAAGAUCUCAUGCUAUUCCACAAGGGAUUCCGUCUACAGAUCUACCGCUUUCUCUUUACACAACAGAAAUUAUACGAUAUUCAAAUGGUACUUUAUCAGUGGACAAAAUCAACGACACAAGUACUCGCUAUCUGGUCCUUUACAACUUACAAGCAGGAUCCGAUAAUGCAAAACGACGACUUUUGAUGGAACGUUCGAUACAUGAUUUACACAACAAUAUUCAAUAUGCUAGUGAACCAACUUUGAAAGAAUUGUUUGAAUUUGUUGAAAAAUUAUCAGGCAUCCGGAUGAUUCUUUAUGCAACCGAAAAAAGUAUUUUCGCUAAACAUGUCACCAGCUGUCUUGCAAAUUGGAACGUAGAUAUUAGUCAUAUGCCUACAUCAGUGUUCACUUCAACCAUGUCUAGCUCUACAUUCAACUUACUCAAUAAUGUUCCUCUUCCUGGUACUGUAUCUGGCACAACUUCAGCGUCAUCCACCAGUACAUCCACUUCCAAUCCACAUAAGGCACCUACACCAGCAACUGAAGAAGAUCAUAUCCAUUCUACUCCACCCAUGUUUUUAUUGAUUGACAAUGAUAUUGCGACUUUGGAACGACAACUUCAAGAAUUUAGAACACAACAACAACAACAACAACAAGAACAACAACAGCAACAGCAACAACAGCAACAACAGCAGCAACAGCAGCAACAGCAACAGCAACAACAGCAACAACAAGAACAACAACCAACGACGCCACAUGAUUAUCGACGUGUACGCGAAGUAGUUUUACAAAAUUCAUCAGCAACCAUUCAUCCUCCACGUGUUCUCAUUGUACCAAAACCUUGUGGUCCUCGACGAUUUUUGACUGCACUACAUACAGCAUGGAUGGAUGCUAUCGUGGAUCCUCAAUUUGCUCCUAUGGCCACUUUUACUGAUACACAACCCACUACAACCACUCCUCCAUCGAAUGAAUUACAUAUAUCUUCCAAUUUACUACCUUCAUCAUCUUCACCUGCAUUAUCAUCAACAAACAUAUCUCUUUCUACAGAAACUGAAGCACCAUCACUAACAACAACAAAUCAAGCAUCAACUCCUCUUGGUGAUCAUCCUUCGGAUUCAAAUCCAUCAGAAAAUCAAGUAUCCUCCUCUUUAUCUAGUACUACUACUACUCCUCCUUUACCAAUGGCUGGUCCAUCUGCUACGGAACUUUCUACUGCUGCCACUCCUGUCUCAACAUCAGCAUCGUCCACCACAGCCACGGCAAUAAACACAACAACAACAACAACAACAGCAACAACAACAAGCCCUCCAACGACAUCACAACAACGGAAUUUGAGAUUCAGGAUAAGUAACCGCAAAAAGAAGGAUAAGAACAAACAUACUCCCUGGUGGAGCCCUCCUAUCAAGGUGUUGAUUGUGGAAGAUAAUAUGAUUAAUCAAGCUAUUUUAUCAACCUGGAUGAAGAAACACAAUAUUAAAUAUGAAGUAGCUAGUGAUGGGAAACAAGCUUUGGAAAAAUGGAAAAAGGGUGGCUUUCAUCUUAUUUUGAUGGAUAUUCAGUUACCUGUGAUGAGUGGUAUUGAUGCAACAAAGAUGAUUCGAGAAAUUGAAAAGCAAGAAAACAUCGGUGUAUUGCCUAGCAAAUGGAAUGAAUUGGAAACCAAGGAUGACUUCGCAGAAACAGCAAGAUCAACAUCACCAACACCUUUGCCAUUAGAAGACGAAGGAGCAGUGAAUGAUAGGGCAGCAGCUUUCCAAUCACCAGUUAUCAUUGUGGCAUUGACAGCAUCAUCUCAUGAAUCAGAUCGACAAGCAGCAUUAUCCGCUGGAUGUAAUGAUUUCCUUACAAAACCUGUCAGUUUGGAAUGGUUGGAAAAGAAGAUCAUGGAAUGGGGUUGUAUGCAGGCAUUGAUUGAUGUAGAAGGAUGGCGCGAAUGGAAACGAUCAACAUCUAGUCCAACAACGAAUUCAGCAGCAACAUCGUCGUUGGCACAAAGCAGUGUGAUGGCAAAAACUUCAUCAUUAGACAAGACAUUGGCAAUACUAAAAUUCAAAAAGGAAAUACCAACCAGAUCACCACCACCAUCACCAAGAGAGGAAGAGAAUAGGGUUUUACCAUCGCAUAUGAAAACAACAACUCCAACAAUCAAUGAAUCAAGCACAUCAAAUAUAGACAAGACUCAUGGGAUUCUUUUACAAGGUUCAUCCAGUUUGGUCAACAAUAAACGCAUGACAACAAAACCAAAAAUGGCGCUUCGGGAACCUUUCUCAUGA